CUGGGCCUGUGUCUGUUUGUAAGUUGCUAAAAUGUUUAAUCAUGUGAAAUGCAUUUUGAAUCUUGGUAAAAUUUUUGUACUUUGGAUAGCUUCUUAAAAGCAUACUUGUGACAAAAUAUAAAGGUACAAUUAUUCUAUGGGUGCUUCAAAUGCCACAUUUGAUGGCAUAUUACCCCUAACAAUCAACUUGUUACUUUUGUAUAUUUCUGCAACUUUAUAGGUAACAUUUUGUAAAAAUAAAAUUAGAAAAUUAUUUGUUCUUUUAUUCUGUAAACAUAAAAUAAUAUAUCGCAAAAACGAUUUAACUUGGACCAUAAAUUAUCUGCAAUGCCCCUUAAAUAGAUUAGGUUAUCGAAUUCCAAUGUCCGUUAUGCUGAACCGUUACUGAUGUGUGCUUACUUUUCGAAGCUUUUAUAAAGGUUUUAAUUGUUUGAAUUGACUUUAAAUUAGAGAAAAGUACAAUCAUGAAGUUAUAAUCAAAAAUUGUUUGUGUGAUUCCUGAAGAAAAACCCUCUUAGUGAGUUAAUUUAGGACAUACAUAUUUCUUAAGCAAAAUACUGUUAAAAAGACAAGACGUUAACUUACAUACUGGACAUGUUCCUAUAGUAAAUAUUUUAUUUAUUUUAGUUUAAAUACCGAUAAAUUAACCCAUUUAUAAAAACCGUAAGUGGCCUUUAUAUUGUGAGUAUAUAUAUAUAUAUAUUCUUUCGUAAAAAGAAACACAUUCCGACAGGCCCUUUGUAAUUUCGCUUUUGUAAAGCAAGGCACUAAAGCAUGGUAUUUCCUGGCAGAUAUGACGGUUCGAUGUUAUAUUUCUAACGAACACAGAAAAAAAAUAUUUUACACCUGUCAAGGGGAUUACUUUAAAUGUCCAUUAGCAAUACAUCUACAGUUUAUUGUCUGCUGUUUUUUUCCCCUUUAUUAUUUUAAGAAGCACUUGCAUCACUGCAAUUGAAAUUAUAUAAAUAUAAUAAUGCAUAGGAUUUUACGGAAUUUUGUAUGCACUGGGGAUUCCAUCCAGUGCGACAACAGUCCCCCUCCCUUUAUGCUUUUCUAUUGGCUGAGAUGCUCAGGAUUGGUCAGACAAUGAUCAGCUGGUGCAUUUCCCUACUCGCUCACAUUGGCACCUCGCCACCCCCUUCGGCUAAAACCAAACCUCACAUAAAGUAAUGGCAAAACACACUUGGACUAUAAAACACAACAAAUCAUAACACUCGCACAAUAACAGUGGCCACCCAAUGAGUUCCUACUUCGUCAACUCAACUUUUCCCGUGUCUCUUGGCGGGGGACAGGAUUCUUUUCUGAAUCAGUUACCGUUAUAUUCUUCUGGAUAUACCGACACUUUGAGACAUUAUCCAAGCGCUACGUUCGGAGCAAACAAUGUCCAGGAGAAGGUAUACCCCAACUCAUACUACCAGCAACCUAGCGGAGUGUUCGGCAGAAGCGGUUCAGGGGCUGCUUGCGAUUACGCUGCGUCCAGUAUCUACAGAGAAACGGAGCGCUCAUCGUGUCCUCUCGGAGGUUUGGAGGAGUCGCUGGCUCUCACACAGGGGCAUAGCAAGACGGAGGGCUCGGACCACACUUCAGACACUUAUUCCUACAGCGAAACCAAACCCUGUGCCCCUGUUUACCCGUGGAUGCAGAGGAUGAAUUCGUGUAGCGGCAUUCCUGGCACCACUGGCCGCAGGGGUCGUCAGACAUACACUCGGUUUCAGACUCUUGAGCUGGAAAAAGAGUUCCAUUUUAAUAGAUAUCUGACCAGAAGGCGCAGGAUUGAAAUUUCGCAUGCUCUGUGUCUUACAGAGCGACAGAUAAAGAUUUGGUUCCAGAAUCGAAGAAUGAAGUGGAAGAAGGAAAAUAAAGUAAUGAACUCUGAAAAGACCAGCGAAGAGGAGGAUGGUGGAAAGACGGGAUAAACGAGUUCGAUAUGCACUGUGUUGUAAAUAAUAAAC